AUGGACUGUUUACAAGGCUGUGGUAUUUCUUUAAGUUUGUGGAAAGCAAAGGCCACAGAAGAAAGAGUCUGCGGGAAAUGCAAUCCCCAUGGAGUUUUUAAUACCACACUUAAUCGCUGUAUUUGUAAUGGCGGUUAUGACGGUAAAUGCUGUAAAGCCAGAAUACCAACAACCAUUAAAACAACUACAGCUACAACAAAACCAACAACGUUGAAAACAACGCUUACAACAACUACUCCGACUACUACAACAAAACCAACUACGUUGAAAACAACGCUUACAACAACUACUCCGACUACUAUAACAAAACCAACUACGUUGAAAACAACCCUUACAACAAAUACUCCGACUACUACAACAAAACCAACAACGUUGAAAACAACCUUUACAACAACUACUCCGACUACUACAACAAAACCAACAACGUUGAAAACAACCCUUACAACAACUACUCCGACUACUACAACAAAACCAACAACGUUGAAAACAACCUUUACAACAACUACUCCGACUACUACAACAAAACCAACAACGUUGAAAACAACGCGUACAACAACUACUCCGACUACUACAACAAAACCAACAACGUUGAAAACAACGCGUACAACAACUACUCCGACUACUACAACAAAACCAACAACGAUGAAAACAACGCUUAAAACAACUACUCCGACUACUACAACAAAACCAACAACGAUGAAAACAACACUUUCAAAAACUACUCUGACUACUACAACUUAUCCAACAGCGAUACAAAAAGCACUUACAACAACUACUCCGACUACUACAACAAAACAAACAACGGAGAAAACAUCGCGUACAACUGUAACAACAACUUCCCCAACUACAUCCAUUCCAUCAACCACAUCAACAACAAAACCAACAACGAUAAAAACAAUACUUACAAAAACAGCUUUAACUACUUCAGCAAAACCAACAACACAGAUAUCUUCAUCAACGACUACAGAAACCACAGCAUUAAAAACUACGACAACUAUUACAAAAACAACUAUAGACCCAACAACAACGAAACCAGUUACAACUAAAACAUCCAAACGAAACAGUACGAAGACCACCUCAGCGACCAGCACAACCAAACCAACUUCUUCAGGCUGUUAUGGGAAUAUCUGUCAGCAUGGAACGUGUAUGCAGACAAAUCAUCAGUAUAUCUGUGUUUGUUCUCCUGGAUUUGAAGGACCAAACUGUGAUUCAGAUAUAGACAACUGUGCCGAUGAGCCGUGUGAGUAUGGAGUCUGCGCAGACAAGGUCAAUGAUUUCAGCUGUGAUUGUAUGGCGUUUUUCAAAGGAAAAAUGUGUAACAAAAUGGAAGCCUGGGCUAUUGCUUUCCUGUCUCUAGCAGCCUUAGCGUUACUUUUAACCUGUUGCUGUUGUUUCUGGUGCAUUAUGGGAACAUGUGACCGAGAUGAUGAAAAGCGAAAAGUUCGACCAUUAAAAGAAAAACCUCGACCAAAACCCGCAGAACGACCCCCUCGUUACGAUUGGUUCUAAAGGCACUUCAUCGACCGGUCAUUCAGUCAUUGUAGAAUUAUAUAUAUUAACUUAAAUUAAGUUAUUAUUAUCAGUAUAACGAGCUAACGCAGUAAAAUCAUUAUUAUCCUGGUGGCGAC